AUGAAGGUCCUUGCUACCCUCAAUCUACUUGUUCUGGCCCUCCUUCUUGGUUCUCUUAUUGUUGAGGCCCAUGACGUCCGUGGUGAUGAACGCUCCAACAAUCUUCGCACCAGAACGGAGACUGCGAGAACUACCAGCCAUCAUCAUGAGACGAGAAGCAAUGUACCCGAGGCAAGAAGCAGGAGCAAUGAGCAGCACCUUCUUGAGGGAAGAGGUUAUGAAGAGUUGUAUGCAAAACGAGGACUAAAAUGCACAAACCUACUUGCGGAUUGGAAGGACACUAAGAAUGGUUGGCCUUGUGAAAAGUACAACAGUGAUACUUGUAAGCACCUUACCAACGCUGGAACUGGUGGCUACACCAACAAAAAUGCCUGUUGUGCUUGCGGGGGAGGCAACAUGGAAAAGAUUGAUGGGAGCCCCAUUGUCUUCCCUUCAACAGAGCUGGCGCCAACGGAUGCUUCAUGCAGCGACGAUUUAGGCUGGAAAGACAGCAAGGGCCGCAAAUGUGUCUUGUUCGACUCAGCUUUGUGUACAUCCAAAAAGGAUCUCAAGGGAGUGGAUGGUGUGUCUCUAAGAGAAGCCUGUUGUUGGUCGUGCAAAAAAGAACCCCCCUCUAUUAACCUCGAUAUCAAAAAGAACACUCUCGAUUCCAACGUCGAUGCUUCUUGCGUCGACGAUCCAGACUGGAAGGACUUAAAUGGCCGCGGUUGUAGCUCGUUUGAUUCUUUGAAGUGUCAAAUCUAUGAACCCACAGGACUGCUGCUUCAUCCUGUGCCUAUCACUAAGGUCUGUUGUGAAUCGUGCAAGAAAAAACCCACCUAUAACUUUUCCGCCCUCAAUAUGAAGCCUGAGGCGAUGAGAGCCGGUCAUCAUAAAAGGAGCAGAACCAGUGACAAGAACUUCGAGGCGAGAGGUUAUGAGAAUGUUGAGGGACGUAGUUGCGUUGAUUAUGACGGUUGGAAGGAAACAAACUAUGGCAGCAACUGCACCUGGUACGACCCAAAAACAAAUACAGACGCCUGCAGGGAAUAUGCAUCUGACGUCCUAACAGACAACAAAAAUGUCACGGAAGCCUGUUGUGUUUGUGGAGGAGGCAGCACUGGCGGUUCGGUCUCAACCUCCACCGCCAAUGCUGCCCAUCCUGUCGCUGUCACAGCUUCCACCGUUGCUCCGGGAGCUGCUGGUGGCGAUGCAGCCAAAUGGGUCGAAGCUCACAACAAACGCCGCAAGAAGUAUUCCAAAGAGUGGGGCUACGAGUACCAGGCAGUUGGAUGGAACGAGGACCUUGCCGCUCAGGCUCAAGCUUGGGCGGAUCAUCUAAUUGCCAAGGAAUGUGGCAACAUCCCCCAUUUGACAAAGAAGUGUAGAACCGAAGGAGAGAACAACGCCCAAGAGCAGAGUGACCCUAGACCCCCAGUCAAAAACAUCGACGGCGUGCUCACUGCUUGGACUGAAGAGGAAAUCGCUGGUGAUCCAGCGAUGGCAGAUCAUGCCUCUCAAGUGCUCUGGAAGGACACUACAGCUAUUGGCUGUGGAUAUGCCACUGGUACCUGCAGCAAUGGCUGGGAAACAGCGGUUCAAGUUUGCCGUUACUUCCCAGGUGGAAAUCUCAAUUGCGGUGGCCCCUGCAUUGACGCUGUGAAGAAAAACAUCAUGCCAGUCGAUAACACAAAGCCAAUGAAAUCUACCAGUGACAUGCACAAAUGCCUGAAGAAAGAGGAGGAAAUCUACGGUAAAUAA